ACUGCGGAGCGCGCAGGACCUCGUGUGCGUGCUGGGGCCCUGUCUCGGCGCGACGGACGGCAACGCACAGCACAAAUCGCUCGCAACAGCUGCACUACCGCAUGCAGUGAUCGACGCGCGCGCCUCCCUGUCUGCUUCUGCCGCGCGGGUGCCGUCGGAAGUGGAGCGAGAGAAGCGACGCCGCGCGGGGUCCGGAACGACGCAGCAACGAGAGCGCCUCGAGCAAGAAGUGUGACCGUGUGCCGCCCUCGUCGCUACCACCAUGUGCUUACUGUCGUGUGCGGUGACAUCGUGAAUACGCUGGGCAGCGGGUCGUUUUCGCCGCCGGAGCAAAACUCGCGCCGCUGCCUCCGUUGUUUGUGGUGCUUUUCCGACGAGAGGGCGAGAGGGGUGGGGGAGGAAACCGACAGAGGGGGCGCGAAAGGGUGGCAGUAGUGGAUGUGGUGUUGACUCGACGGUGCGAAAGUGGAUUUCGCCGGGGCAGCGAGAGCGUUCAUGGCUCAGCCACGGUACGAUGACGGCAUCCACCCGUACAUGGAGGCGGCUGGUGGCGCGUCCGCGGCGGCGGCGGCGGCGGCCGCGAUGUACGCCGACCCGCACCGCAGCGCGCAGCUGGGGCUGGCGCAGCACCACUCCCCGCACGUGGCGCACUCGAUGCACCAGUACCACGCGCACCAACCACACCAGCCGCCCGCGGCCAACCACGUGGCGCCCGUCGCCAACCACGUCAUGGGCGCCGCCGUGCCCGACGUCCACAAGCGCGACAAGGACGCCAUCUACGGGCACCCCCUGUUCCCGCUGCUGGCGCUCAUCUUCGAGAAGUGCGAGCUGGCGACGUGCACCCCGCGGGAGCCCGGCGUCGCGGGGGGCGACGUCUGCUCCUCCGAGUCCUUCAACGAGGACAUCGCCGUCUUCUCCAAGCAGAUUCGGCAGGAGAAGCCGUACUACAUAGCGGAUCCCGAAGUCGAUUCACUCAUGGUACAGGCGAUCCAGGUUCUUCGGUUUCACCUGCUGGAACUGGAAAAGGUGCACGAGCUGUGCGACAACUUCUGCCACCGGUACAUCAGCUGCCUGAAGGGCAAGAUGCCCAUAGACCUGGUGAUCGACGAGCGGGAGUCGAGCAAGCCCCCCGAGCCCAUGGGCUCCACCAACGGCGACGGCGGCGCGCGUAGCACGGCAGACUCCACGUCGCACACGGACGGCGCCAGCACCCCCGACGUGAGGCCGCCCAGCUCGACGCUGUCGUACGGAGGCCCCGGGAACGACGACGUGCGGUCCCCGGGCUCGGGCGCGGGCGGCACGCCGGGCCCGCUGUCGCAGCAGCCGCCGUCGCAGCCGGGCGUCGACGCCGCAGACCCAGGCAAGUGGUGCCCGCGGCGCGAGUGGCCCAGCCCGGCCGACACCCGCGCCAGCGACGCGCGCCGCGGCGUCCUCUACUCGUCCGUCUUCCUCGGCAGCCCCGGAGAGUACAACGAGGCUAGCGCGGGCUACGCGGCGGCGAGCGCGUUUGCGUAUUCGGCGCGGGGCAGCGUCUCGCCGGCCGACUCGGCGCUGCCGGCCACGCCCGAUGCCGCCGGACGCCGCAGUUGGACAAGUGACGCGAGCAACGCGAGUAUCGGCAGCGGAGAAGGCACGGGCGAGGAGGACGACGACACGAACGGCAAGAAGAACCAGAAGAAGCGCGGCAUCUUCCCCAAGGUGGCCACCAACAUCCUCAGGGCGUGGCUGUUCCAGCACCUGACGCAUCCGUACCCUUCGGAAGACCAGAAAAAGCAGCUGGCGCAGGAUACGGGGUUAACGAUCCUGCAAGUGAAUAACUGGUUCAUCAACGCGAGACGGAGGAUCGUGCAGCCGCUCAUAGACCAAUCAAACAGAGCGGGCGUGAGCGUGUUCUCGCCGCACGCAGGCCCCAGCGGCGCCUACAGCCCGGACGGCGCCUCCAUGGGCUACAUGAUGGACGGCCAGCAGAUGAUGCACCGGCCGCCCGGCGACCCCGCCUUCCACAACGAGUACCACUACCCGCCCCAGUACUACGGCCACCUGUAGUGCUAGGCGCCGACACGCUCCCUCCUCGCACGGCCGCGCGCCCGCCACCACACACAGACGCGGUGCCCACGAGCUUAGCCGCAGGCCGCGCCGGCUCGCGGUCCGCUGGCCCGGCACCAAGGAGGCGGUGCUCACCACGACGUCGACGGCACCGCCGCUGCAGCCGCUCGACAAGAGGCGGGUAGAAGCGACGGCGCCUCUGCCGUGGACGCCGGUGCCACCGACGCCGACGACGCCGCCGCCGCCGACGCCGCCCCCGCCCCCGCGGGUGCCUGGCGGAGGCGCCGCCUCCGCACCGCCCGCUCCGCGACGCGAUCGCUCUUUGUACAAAUGUCGCAGAGAUUACGGGAAGACUUGUACAAAACACGAAACAGAAAUUCGUAUACCAUUUACAAGAUUUCGUUGUUAGCACCGGACUGGACAUUUUGCGUUUUAAGUGUUUUCGCCUGUACUUUUUCAGUAUCGGCGCGGGAAGCGCCGAUGUUGGUUAAUACGUUUGUGGGAGAGUGCUGUGUUUCUUAUUUCAAGAAAUGUGAUGUGUGUAAAAAGAAAAGAAAAAGGUGGAGGAAGUGUGGCACGCGCCCGAGAGAAGUGAUCGCAUUCACUCGCAUACGGCUGCGGAAACGAGGAGAGACGAACAGACCUGCGCUGGUUGCAGCCCGCCACGCUUUCGCCGGAGAGACUCGCCGAGGUCUUCGCAGACAUCACAGACAGAGAAAUAACAAACACGACGAAGGAAACCAGAAAUUGCUCGAGGAGAUCGAAAGACGAGGAACGGACCCUGUAGAGAGAAUACAAUAGCAAUUACAAUAUUAUAUAUAAUGUAUCAUAAUGUUACUUGUGGAUAGACUGCGCGUUGUUUACGAGUUGAUGCGCCGCCCAGGAGCUCAGUUUGCCACCUGGGGGGCUCUCGUCAAAGUGAUGUAACGUUUAGCAUAGACACCCAUCCCCUCCCCUUCCUCCAAACUUCCCUCCACCCCCCUCCACCCCCCUCCACCCCAUCCAACCGACCCGUCCCCACGCCCGUGCAGCCUCGUACGCCAGACCGUUCCGUUCCUUUACAAACCAGUUGGAUAUCGUUUCACUUUUUGUAUAACCCCUCUCUCCUUCCUUCCAACCUUCCUUUCUUCCCGCCCUUCCGCUCUAGAGGCCUGUCCCUUUUUUCCGAUCUCGUCUUUACCAUAUGUUCGAGUAAGCAUGAAGUACUGUUGUGCAAAAAAAAAAAAAUAAUAAUAUUUCAAAAGGUUGUGCUGUUAUAAAGGAUAAAAAAUGAAAACUUAAUUGUUAUAUCUGUUGUGACUUUUCUUUUUGUUCUGUUCGCUUUUACCGCUAACUCUCGUCUGCUCCCCGUCCGGAUCGCCGGUUUCUUCCCUUUAUAACUCCUUUUCCACUUCCCAGACACGUUUUUAAUGAACAAGAUAUACGUAAGUUACUGCAACUUAGAUAACUAUCGAAAUGUGUGGUCUUCUGCAUACAUUAUAGACUAAUAAUACUUAAUACACAGGUAUACAUGAAUAUUGAAACUCAGGUGCAUAGUUUUCUUCAAGUCUUAAUGCUGGGUGCUGCAGCAUUGGCAAUGGCUGUGGGUAAUGGAGAACUACGAUAAUCGAAUACUGAUGUAUACGGCUACUGACUAAAAUUGUAUUUCAGAAAUUGUCGACUACUUCUAUUACAUAAAAGUGGAAUGAUAAAGUUUUUAAAUUUUUUGAACUCAUACCAAAAAGUAUUUAAUAUAUGCACAAUAUAAUUUAUUGUAUUUGUAAAUACAGUGAAAUACUGGUUUAAUUUAGCGGUGUAUAUUUUCAGUAUAGUGAAUAAAAAAAAUGGAUCUCCUUGUAUACUGAAUAAGACAAUUUGCUGUGUUUUAUAAAGAGCUAAAUUUCAACGGAGUCUGUGAUCAAAGUUCUCCUACAGCCUCAGUGCUUACGUUACCACCAGCAGUGUAACACUACAAUUGGAACUGCUUGUGAGAACUUGUCUAAGAGUCACGACUGUGCUUUAGCGAAGCACUUUACCCCUGUGGCUUGACCUCACCACCAUAUCAAAUACCGUGUGGAGGCUACUGCAGUAGUGUGCCUACUGUUUAGAUAAAUAUUUUCAUGUUUCAUCACUCUUGAAUAUACAUUUUCGUCUGUCAUGGAAAAGAAAAAAAGAUUACUCGAUAUCUUUGCUAAAAUAUAGCUCAGAAUGCAGGCAAUUUAAACGGUUAUACGAAUUGUAGUAGACACAAAAUCUGUUUCAGGCAACUGGUGCGACAUUUUUGUCACGCAAACCUAGUUGGAUCACAUGUGUGGGAUGAAAAGAUUUAUUUAGGUGAAUCCUUUGCUUUUAUGAAUGAAACCCACAGUUUCACUUCUAGAUGCCAUGAGUAAAUAACGUGUAGUAUGAGGUCAGGCUACAGAUAUAAAUGAAUGUUCUACCUGCAGAUCUAGAAUUUAUUUUCUGCUUACAAAACUUUACUGCAGAAUUUUACUACAUUUCUUAUCACUGUCCAGUCAUUCUAUCUGUCCGUCUGGAAUUAUUUCGCAUGCAAAUACAACAGGGACCCAAACACAAUUCCUUGAUAUACUUAGACGUCCUUGUUAUACGAGUGAGCUACAGUGAAAGCAGAAACUCUGCAAAUCUGAUGUAUACCUCCACUAGUUUUUUGGACGUUGUUGUAAAUGAUUAUCAAUAUCUAUUUUUAAAUGUUUUUCUCGUUAUGCCAAAUGGGCAAACGAACCACAUCGAAGUUAUACUGAAUACACGGAAGUACAAGAAAUAUCACUGUGAGGUAAUCAGAGAAACACUAAGAAUGUACAGUAUACUGAUGGCUUGGGAAGCUGCCAGUUUUCAUUAUUUAGGGAGCAAACGUGGCGUUUUAAGUCUUGGAAAUUUUAAGUAUAUCAAGGGAUUUUUAUAUUAAAACAAUUUGUUGACAAGUAUACGAAGAAUGAUAUUGAGUCCUUGAUGUAUUGUCUUAAAAUAUGUCUCUCACGACAAACAUCUGUGUCUAUAUUUUGAGAAGAUGUCAUUGGAAUAAAAACCAUGUUUCGCCUUAUCCAAUGUAUACGGUAUUCAUCAGUUCAGUCAUGUAUAUAAAGUGCCAUCUUUUCACUGUAUAUUAUGGUGUGAGAGGUGAGGUAAUAUUGUGUGCUGCUUAAAACAACUAAAACAGGGCGACAAAAAAGAAAUACCUCUACAAUUUAAACUGAUAACAUGUCCUCUGUAAUCCUUUUUUUCUCAAGACGUCAGCAUUAAAUGCUACAUAUUGUGUAAAUGAU